GAUAACUCAUUAUUUUAUAUCGAACAACAACUGACGACGAAUGCUAAAUAGCGCUGACGGCCAUUUUGACCCUGCGAAUCCUUCGAGUGAACAGGAAAACAAUUGGUUAUCUGUCGACGCUCUCUUCGAGUGAAUGAAUUUUGUGACGAUUCUACGAUUGUAUUUGGUGCGCGAUCUGAUAAAAAAACAAUUAAUUGUCAUCCGUGACGAUCAAAUACGAUUUUGUCUCCACUGCCCCUGAACUUGUGCUGGAAUUUCCAGCAUUUGAAAGUUCUUCCCACUUAUACAAAAAACUUCUUGCGACGUUACAAUGCAGAGGACAUAAAACUGAAAACUGCUUGUCGUCGUUCUUGAUACCCGCUCUUGCAAAGAGUGGAUGUACAUUAUACCUGAACUUGUACAGGAUUUUCUACUUCUGUGAGAAGUGACCAGAUAUAAAAUAAAUACAAAAAGAUUAUUGUUUAUAUAUAUGUAAAUUGUAUAUUUGUAUAUUUGCCAAAGAAAAACUCUUUUAAUAGAUUCUUUACAAAAAGGCAGACGUGACCGUCCUGCCUUGUUUCCUUUAUUUACGGAGUCAACGAUUUCUUGCUGGACACAAUCAAUUUUCAACGAGUUCUCAGGGAGAUAAAGACAAUCUGUUUUUGCAGACAUUCCUUUGGAAAGGAGUGACGCUUGUGUUUUUUGUACUACCGAUUCUCUUGACUUUGCAAGAUGGCUUCCGCAGCCGCUGCUGCACCAGGCCAGGAGGUAAACAGAAUGAACAAUCACGGUGCUAACAGUCCCGCUCGGGGAGUCGACGGGAGUCUUGUGAGACAAGGUCCGCCCCCAUCCAUGGGAGGAAUGGGUUCCUUAAAAAUGAACGGACCUCAGUCAAAUGCAAAUGCAUCGGCCAGCCAGAACGCUGCCAAGUCUAAAGUGGUGCAAUCAAAUAACUCAUCUGGAAAGCCUGCUAGCGGAGACUGGAAAGCUGGGCUAAAGCAACCACCAAAAGAUUCCAGAUUUAAAACAAGUGACGUGACAAACACAAAGGGAAACGAGUUUGAGGACUACUGCCUGAGUCACGGUCUCCUUAAAGGCAUCUUCGAGAAGGGGUGGGAGUGGCCUUCCCCCAUUCAGGAGGCGAGCAUACCCAUGGCUCUUUCAGGUCAUGACAUCAUCGCCAGAGCGAAAAAUGGAACGGGUAAAACCGGCGCAUUCACAAUCCCGAUGCUGGAACGCACACAGUUGAACAAAAAUGAAGUACAAGGUUUGGUGUUGGUACCAACGAGAGAGUUGGCGCUGCAGACGAGUCAGAUCUGCAAGGAGCUGUCCAAGCAUCUCGGCCAUCAAGUCAUGGUCACAACUGGAGGUACCAGUCUCAGAGAUGACAUCAUCCGUUUACAGCAGACAGUACAUCUUAUAAUAGCAACACCCGGCCGUAUUUUGGACUUAUGUCGUAAGGGGGUGGCCAAGCUGGACAAGUGUGGGAUCCUUGUGCUGGAUGAGGCUGACAAGCUGCUGUCACAAGAUUUCAAGAAUAUGCUGGAUGACCUUAUUGCCUUCUUGCCCAACGACCGUCAGAUCAUGCUGUAUUCUGCCACCUUUCCAACGACAGUAAAAGCAUUUAUGGAGAGGUACCUGCCUAAUCCCUACCAGAUUAACUUGAUGGAGGAGUUGACGUUGAAGGGAAUCACGCAGUAUUAUGCGUACGUCAAAGAAAGAGAAAAGGUCCACUGUCUUAACACACUCUUCUCAAAGCUGCAAAUCAACCAGUCCAUCAUCUUCUGCAACUCCACCCAGCGCGUGGAGUUGCUGGCCCGCAAAGUGACGGAGCUAGGCUAUUCGUGUUUCUACAUUCACUCUAAGAUGCGACAGGAACACAGAAAUAGGGUCUUCCACGACUUCAGAAUGGGUGCCUGCCGCAACCUGGUGGCUUCUGAUCUUUGCACCAGAGGUAUCGACAUCCAAGCCGUCAACGUAGUCAUCAACUUCGACUUCCCCAAGCUCUCAGAGACAUACCUACAUCGCAUCGGAAGAUCCGGCCGCUUUGGCCACCUCGGUCUGGCCAUCAACCUGGUCACGCAUGAGGAUCACAAGAGUCUCUGCUUGAUCGAGCAGCAGCUAGCCACUGAGAUUCGUCCAGUGCCAAGUGAAGUGGCGAUCGACAAGAGUUUGUACGUCGCCGAGUUCCAGAUGCCCGGAGGAGAUGAUGACAGGAAGAAGCCGACACAACCCGGUUCGUCUAAGGGUCAGUCAACUAAGCCAAAGCAAAACAACGCAAAGUAGACAGGUACCUUCUCCCCACAAGAAACAAACUGUAAGAAACGAGUAGAGCAAAGCAGUUAAAAGGUUUCCAUGUUUGCAAAAAACCUUGAUGGUUUCAGUCACCUGAAAUUGUAUUGAUUGUGAAAAUCUGUUUUUAUUUUUAUUUUAUUUUUUAUUUUUUCUUCAAAAAUUCUCCAAAGUGUCAAGAAUUUGUUGGAUGAGAAAAGAGAACGAUUUAAUCAGAAUCAAGAAUUUGAUUCUAAACUUGAUUGGAAAUUAAUUACAGACAAAAUGUUUGGUCUUUGGUUAUUGUAUGAUAGGUGCUGGAUGGAGGAUGGGCGAGUAGUAAGGAAAAUGUGGGGGUGUUCACGGUGUAUGGCAAUUAGACGACAAACACUGUUUUGAACCUCCAAAAUUGAAAGAAGGAAACAAGAAAAAAAACAGUACUUGUGUAUCAUUUGACGUGAUAAUUUUAUUUCCCAUGGUGUUUGGAUCGCUCCUGUGGUGCAGAUCCUAAUCACUUUAUUUUUGUUUUAAUAUGACAUUGUCGUAACUGCAUCACUGUGAACACGCCCCCCAACUGUUCCUCUACCAUGUUCUGUAAUGCAACUUUUUCAUCUGGUGUUCAAACGUCAACUAUGUUGUUUUUUAUGUUAAAAGCGAAACCCAGAUUGAAGAUUGUCAACAGUUGUACAAUGUGGUAGAGUUCCUAUUUGGUAACCGCCUCCCACCCACCUUCUGUCUGCAGUGUAAUAUGUGCAACAUGUAAUGAAAAGAAAUCAUAAAUAUUUUGUUUUCAUCUCAAGAAGAAGAAUUUUUAAAGCUUGAAAUCAGAUAAGAAACAAAAUCUGAGUGUAUUUUUUUUCUCGAAGUUUGACGGCCAUUCCUUUACUCCGAAGAAAAAUGUUUGUCAUACUUCUUAUUUUUUGCUGCCAUUGUGAAUAUCAUAAGACUCUGAGAGACUUCUUUAUUUUAAGGCACGUCAGAGAUUGGUAGUUUGUGCCACAAAUUUUCUGACCCUCCGAAAAGAUGAAAUGGGCUAGGAGGUUAAAACCUUUGUUGUUGUUUUUUGUUUUCCUUUAAAAAAUAAAAUCGGUGAAGUCCGAGCUUGAGCCCCAGUAAGUUACGGACCCCAUCGAUUUUGUUUUUUAAAACCAAGUGAGAUUUUAUAAAUUGAAAUUGAUCAUUGACACUUAACAUCUUUCUUGUGUUGGAUGAGGAUGGUACUGUCCUGGGUACACUGAAAAGAUUUUGUAUAGUAUGGAAGUAUUGAAAUGAGAAAACCACUUACGCCAAAGCGCUAUCGUGCUGAUUUCGGAUUGGAGCGUUAGCGUGGACAGACGAACUACAGUGUGCUGAAAAAGGAGCUUGACACAAAGUGGUUUAAACCACAGCAUUGGAUGACUGCUUAUUUAUAUGAAGAACAAGAAAAGAAAAAACAAUUUUGCAAUCCCACAAAGUGUAAGUAAAGCAACUUUUUGACGGAGCCUGAAAAAAACCGUGACCUGUCUUUGUAUGAAAUACGAAAAAAUGCAACGCAGGACUGAAACUGAAAAAAACACUAAUGCAAAAUGUUGUGAGAAACGGAGUGCAGUUACCUGAGAUUGGUGUGAGGAGCCAUCCGCUAUUAAAGAAAAUGUACAGAAGGCUUUGGAGUUCCAGCAUUUGGGUACUUGAGUAUACCGCUUACAUCAACUGUAGAUAGGUGAGAUGAAGUGUUUAUUACGAUACGCAAACUAUAAGCAAACAAAUUUUAAGACGAGACAUGCAGCGACAGUGUUCAAGAAAAUGUGUGGAUGACUUGCUCUGGAUAAAUUUAAAAAGAUGAUUCGUGACGAUGCAAAACUGUCUGCAACCUGUGGAACUGCAACCCCCAAGGAUGUGGGAUGUUGAAACGAAUGUAGAUUAUCUGAAAUGAUAAUGCCUUUGUAAUACAUAAUUUAGUGAGGAGCUAUUGUUGGUUUUUCGCAUGUGUAGAGAGAGCCUCACUGGCGUUUUACGCAACUGAAAAUGUGGAAACAACUCAAGACUAAAUCGCGCUCAAAACAGUCGUGUCCUGCAAGACUAAACGUCUGUUGAUCUGUCGUGCAAAACUCUGGAUUAAAAAGUCGAUCAUCGGAGGCAAACGAAAAAGGAAUCCUGCCAUUCGAGAAGUUGCAAUUUGGAGUGAAAAGAAGGACACAGGACAAGUUUAAGCGGUUAAACCAGUAAGCAGGAAUGCGUGCUUAGUCGCAUGAAAUUUGUUACAAGCUGAUGAACUGUUGUGUUGACUGUAAAGAAAGGUUAUUGAUGUGUUUACUUGGUUGAGAGUUGCGACUGAAAAAUAGAGGCUGGAGCGCAGCACUGAUUUAAUAUUAAACAUGGCUAGGUCAUGUUUCAAUGUCAAGACGUUGUUUUGUUUUUUUGUUUUUAGGCCAUUUCAGCCUGUUGAAUAGUGCCCAACUUCCAUGUCUUUAUCAUUUUCCCUGCAGCUGAACUUGGAUUCCAUUCGUGUACUUACAUGCUGAAUGGAAGAUAAAAGCUUUUUGACGGGAGUUAACUCUUACUGUAUAUUUCAAAAUGGUUAAAGAAUGAGCACUACUCUAAACAUUUUGGGGAACCCUCCGAGUGAUUUACAUGUACCAGACAUCACUGUGAGAGGGCUAAACCUAAACAUUUUAGCAAUCUGCUACAUGUUUGUUUUCUUUGAACACCUGCCUCCAUUUUCCACCCAUGUUUUUCUUUUAUCCAUUUAUUUUAUUUUUUUGCUUCAUUUUUCAAAGUAGUUCAUGCUCCAGAAUCACACUAGUAUUUUAAAUUGGGUAAUUGCGUUGACGCCAAUUGUCAAUUUUUAAACCGUCCGUGUGAGAUUGCGGUAGUGUAAGUGAUCAAGCGCCCUCUGGAGUUCAAAUCAUGGAAUAUUGGUUGUCAUUAUGCCACCCGCCAUUCAACGGGCUGAAUUACAGGCUGAAAUUAUUGUGACAUGUCUUUUGUAUUAUACGUCCUUCUCUAAUCAGUACGAGUUUGGCAACUUUUGUUUUUCUCUGAGUUGAAUAUUCAGAAAAUUCCACGAAAAAGCAAAAGCUUUGUGAAUCGUAAGAGAUUUUGAAUUCACCCAGAAAGUUCUUUUCUAAUAAUUACCUGUUUAUUGUGAAAUACAAUUGAAAAAGAAGAAAAAAUGAGAUGAAAUUCAACAAGAUUUUUGUAAAUGUUAUGUGUUUAUUUUUAGAUCAGGUCUUGAAUGGUUCUUGCUAACCAUGUGGUUGCUUCUGGGGUGAACCAUUGAGGGCGCUGUUUUGUCUGUCGUCAAAAAGAUUUAUUGUAAAUGUACUAAGAGAAUUGGCAGAAAAGGUUUUCGGGUGUGAACACCAACUAGCUGGCCCCAUUCUACAUACAGCCGAGCUGGUCACUUGUUACGAAUAGCCCAGCUCGCCUCAUGUUUCACAGAGCUGCUAAAGCACAAAUAGUAGCCAAGUACAACAAACUGAUACUUACUAGACUAAGGUUACCACUGUCAAAAUACCAAAUCACAUACAGUACAUACAAUUUGUGACUGGUAUCCUGCUCAUUUUUGCUUAGCAGGAAAAGAAGCAAAAUUGUCAGCUACAACACUGCUGUGAAAUGGGGCCUAGGUUAUUCGGUCUAAUGCUAACAAUUACCCAGAUUUAGUGUACAAGUGUCGGUCCUUGACGUCAUGAUUUUAUGUAUCUUGAGUAAUUCCUUGUACAAUUUCUGAUUGCAAUGUCUGAAUGAAUUUCAUGCACCCAAGGUUUAACUCUUCCCUACUCCUUUCCCUCGCCUGAUAGGGUCCAACUGCGGGCACUGUUUGUGCCAGUCAUUUGUAGAUUUUAAUGGUGUUGCACCUUAGCAGAGCUGAUUCCAUUCCAUGUGUGUAUGUGGUUGCAGUGUCAGGGGGACAAAAUUCACUACAUGUACAUUACACCUGUUAGCCAAAUUGGCAUAAAGCUGUUAAUAUAAAAUACUAAGCACCCCCC